GGAACAUAUUUUAUGUACAGGAGGAUGGCUUAGGAUAUGCAGCAAAGGAGUAAAGGUGGAAGGGAGGUCUGAAAAAGCCGGGAUGGGAGUGGUUCCACAUGGAUGGAGGGGCAGUGCAAGGAUCCUAGAAAAGAGCUUGAGGGAGUGGACAAAGGGGGCGGAGUGACUCAGGUUUCAGCACUGUUGGUUGCUACCAGGCUCGGUUGGAAUUCUAACCCUAACCUCACAACCCUCAAUUCCUCCAAGACAAGACACUCAACCAAGCCUCGGAUUUAGGAAAACCCUCCUGUCCUGUGCAGUCGCAUGGAUUCUUCUUCUGGUUUUUCUUUUGUUUUUUUAACCAGCCUAUCAUCAGCCUAACUGCCUCCUCUUUGUCCACCAUUGACAGCUGAUCUUUAUCUCAACAGAGGAAAUAAAAUGCUUUGACUCAGAAAAGUUUUUCUCUCACGUGGCGGGAGCGUCGCUUCUGUUAGACCUUCGGGCUGAGAAUAGACCGCGGAUGCUGCAACAUCUUCGCCUCCUGGCGCGUUGCAGUGCUGAGACCGUACGUGUCAGCUGGUGCGCCAUCACACUUAAGGGCACACAUGGUGCCGAAGAACAACAGGCUGCUUGUUUUGAUUCUUAAUCGUCAAGAAGCAGAAUCGGCUUCUCCACGGGAAGGCUUUCUGUGCUUCUGCCCUAUGCAAGUGUGUCUAUCCGACGAUUUGUGAAUCCCGUCCGAACUCUUGAAGCAUAAAGGAAGAAAAACAGCAGGAGGAUUUAGUCUGUCGUGAUGUGGAAGCCCGGAUAAAAGUUGGUUUGGCUGGAACUAUUGAUAUCCUCAACAUGGAAUCAAAAUACUUGUGUUCCAAAGUACGCGCUCAGAUCUGGGUGAUGUUCCCCAAAACGUUUGGAAUCUCACAUCGUCCGUCCACCCGAUAACCGCCAUCAAAGGAUUAUUAUUCGAAAUUACAAUCCCAAGAAGGAGAAGACUCUCCGAUCCCUCAUGAACUUGUGAGGAUGAGAGGGGAUCGGCGACCACCCGAGAAACCCGCCAAGCUGUCGCGUGCUCUCAGCUGGUUCAGCCUCUCCACCCUCUCGCGCCAGAACCGACACAUCUUCUACAGCCAGAACGAGCUACACGUGGUCCACGACCACCGCUCGUCCCAAGAGCAGCAUUCUCACCCCGACUGCCGCGCCACUAGCCCGGACACCGGCGGUGACACCGACGACUGGGUGUACCAGCCUCAACACAAGAUAGCCGUGUCUAAUCUGGACGAGGAGAGCAAGUGGACGGUCCAUUACACGGCGCCGUGGCAUCAGCAGGACAACGUCUUCCUGCCGGGCAGCAGGCCGCCCUGCGUGGAGGACCUCCACCGCCAGGCCAAAGUCAACCUGAAGAGCGCCCUGCGAGAAUGUGACAAGUUGAGGAAAGAUGGCUUCCGCAGCUCGCAGUACUACUCGCAGGGGCCCACUUUCUCCGACACGCCGCAGUCAGGCAGCAGCCUGCACGAGGAGGACGACGACGACGAAAAGAAGUCGCUGGCGUCGUCGGCAGAGGACGAACAGUCGCAGCUGUCCGCGAGGCCGCAGACGCCCAGCGACAAGGCCGACCUCUCGGAGGUCGACGCGACCAAAGCCCCCACACUGCCCACCCCGGAAGAGAGGAUGAGGCAGACGGCGCAGGCCGUGCCCACCGACAUCGUCGCCAUCAACGUCACAGGCGCCGUGUUUGACCGGCAGGCGAGUGUCCGGCGCUCCCUGGUUAGCACCGAUACGGUGUCCCGCCGGCCCAAGAAGGUCACACGCAGAAAGACGAUAUCGGGGCUGCCCGACAACGUCGACCUGGAGCGAGCUGCGAAAGGACACGGCGGAGAGCUACGACCGCAUUCCAUGUUCAUCCCGGGACAGUACUCCACGCUGGGCCGGGUGGGGAGUGUCAACUCCGCGCUCCGGCGCUCCCACACCCGCGAUUCCAGCUGCCAGACAGAGGAAGUGAAAGUCGUCCCGCCGUCCAUGAGGAGAAUCCGCGCUCAGAGAGGACAGGGAAUCGCAGCCCAGAUGGCCGGCAUUUCCACUUCCUCCUCCACCGGCAGCAUAUCCGCCUGCAGCAGCGACAGCUCCGGCAUCCUGAUGCUGCCCCGUCAGCGGGACGGCGACCGGUCACGAUUCAACAGCCUCCCCCGCCAAGGCGCCAGGGUGUCCCUGAGCGCAGACCCCAUCUACAGCAGCACCCCCGUCAAGGCGGAAGAUCACGGCGCUCCGCUGAGGCAGAUCGGAAAGCUCCAGGUGGACGACACGGCGGUGCACAUGAGGAACACCCCGAGGACGUCCGCCCUGCCCAGACCGAGAUCCCAGGAGUUGAGGCGGACGCAGUCCAGCAAGUCAGCCGGGGGUCCGGCCUGCGUGGUGUCGCCACACGCCGCCUAUUCCACGUCGCUCAUCCCCAACGCCACGCUGUCCAAUUCGUCUGAAGUGGUUGCUCUCACCGCCUCGGGACAGCAUUCCCACUCGCAGGCCUCCGCCUACCCGACGGCUCGGCCUCUUAGCCUGGCCUCCCGCGCGGACCCCCUCGUCCCCGCUUUCACCCACAGCUCCACCUGUCCGGCGUUGGCCACUCACGCGUCACUCGAGGGGAGUCGCGCGGCAGGAGCGCUCGCCAGCGAGCCGGGGAGCUCGGACGUCAGCGCGCACGGUCACGGAACCUCGGCGACCACGCCGCCGUCGCGUCAGACAGAGGAUCAGUGGAUCUACGACACGCCCGAAAACGAGGUGGUCCCGCACCAGACGCUGACCUCCAGCUCCUCCACUCCCAUCAACCAGCUGUACGCCAGCCUGGAGGCGUCAUCCCGGACAACCACCGAUUCCAGCUCGCUCUACUCUCAAGACAACGACGGCUAUUACACCUCCAUGCACCUGGACUCGGGUCUGCGCUCACGCGACCACGGCAACGGGCCGACGGCCGGGCGGGCAACCAGACACAGCAUGUACGAGUGCCGCGAGAUGGCCGGUCAGGACGAGUACGGGAGCUUGUACAGGGAUCGCUCCCUGUCUCGCAGCAUUUCCCUGCGAAAAUCUACAAAGCCCCCGCCGCUCCCAACUCGCACGGACUCCCUAAAAAGGAAGCCUGAUCCCAAGAAGCCCCUUGGAGGCAUUAGCGCCAUCGGCGGUGCGACACAGUCCAACAACGGCAGACUCAACGAGAGUCUGAUCGCCACCCUGCAGCAGAGUCUCCAGCUGGGGCUGAGGUCCGGCAAAGGCAAGGGCGCCUCGCCAUCGUCGCCCUCGCACAGUCCCAGCAGCGACUACGACGACCCCUGGGUGCUGCGCCCGCGCAGUCAAAGCAGCGUCAGCGCCGGGAGCUCGGCGACGUCCCUUGGCGCGAGCGCCAACGGCGUGUCCAACGCCUACUCGCUUUGCCACGUGACCCCCACCCACAGCGAUACCAGCAGCUUACGAUCCGACUACGCCGACUCUUGGGGUUACUACAUGGAGUACCCUCGCAACCACGGCGACCAGAGCGCGCAGACCCCGGCGGGUCUGACCACGGACAGCACGUCAACCGGAUCUCAACCGGGGGAGGAGGAGAACAGAAGCGACGGGCGCAGUCGCGAAAGCCCGGCAACUCCGGUUCAGGAGGAAAGGGUGGCGGUGAAACCCAAAACAUCCUCCCCGGAGCGAGUGCACAGACUGACUUCACCUUCCAGCGGCUACUCCAGCCAGUCCAACACCCCCACUGCCGGAACGCCGGUCCCCUCUGGCGUCAGGUCCAUGUCCCCCUUGGGCAGCCGCCCCAGGCCCAAAAUCCCUGAGAGAAAAUCCUCUCUGCUCUCCUCAGUUUCCAUGUCGUCUUCCUCCACCUCCCUCUCCUCCAACACCUCCGACUCUCUCAAGAGCUACGGACCUCCCAUCCCGCCGCCCCUACCUCUGACCUCCUGGUCAGCUCCAACCACCCCCUUCAGCCCACCGCCACCAUUUCCUCCCUCUCCGGCACCCAACGUGAAUGUAGAUUGCCCGCCGCAAACUCGGAGCCCGCCCCCGGGUUGCUCCACGUCCCCGGAAUUUCCACCGCCACCCUCACCGGAAACGCUGUUCCACCCCAACGUGUCCCUCAACAGGCGCUUUAGUCCUCCGCCGCCACCUCCUCCUCCUGUGUACCUCGCGGUGCCUCCGCGACCUCCUCUGCUGCCCACUUCCACCUCGCCUCCUGUCGCGGCGGCGCCAAAAGCCGUGCUUCCGAACAGUCCCACAAAGUCGCCCGUGCUCCUCAUCACGCCAUUUGCCCUGCAGAGCGUUCAUCUGCGCUCAGUGCGACGGAAGGAGAACGAGACCGAUGAGGGGUCUCAUUUCCAAGAGCAGCCCAAGACUGAGGAUUUUGCCGCGGCGCCGGUGUUGAAGCUCUUAGACGAGCUGUCUUUGGAGCGCGGCAUUGAACAUGACACGCCCGAUGGUCCCGCCGUCAGCGGGAAACCUGAGCAGCAGAGCUGCAACCGAAUAGGAGAAGAGCAGAAAGCGGUGCCGAGCGACCGCUGCUCCCCCGUCAAACAGAAGCCCCCCAUCAUUGCCAAGAAACCCAAAUUCUGUUUUGUCCUGCCGUUGAGCUCCCAGCCGGCGCGGGAAGUGAUCCCGUCUCCGUGCGAAGACACGGACGGAGCGUCGCAAUCACACCGCCACAAACAAGAGACAACAGAGGAGGAGACACGAGAGCGGGAGGAACAAAGUUCCACGACGUCCGCAGAAAUCCGGGAUGAGUGUCUUACCCCCACCAACUUGGACCGGGAACCCUUCCAGAACGGAGAGGCCCGCACCGACGAGGACGAGGACGGCACGAGCAGUCCGGUGGACUCCGUCAGCUCCAAGGAGGACGACGCAGGCGACGUGUUUGACUCCAACACGGACGAGAGGUCGCCCUCGCCGUCGCUCAACAGGACCCCAGAGACGGGGAGCAUGGUCACCCCCACUCCCACGCGGACCACCGAGGACCUCUUUGCCGUCAUCCACAGGUCCAAGCGAAAGGUUCUGGGUCGCAAAGAGUCUGAAGAGGACAAGCCCCGGUCGGGGAGCCACUCGCAGUCGCCCCCCGUGACGCCCCCCUGCGCGACGGCGGCGUCUCCGUCGUCUCGCCCGUCUGGCUCCAUCCAGCGCCACCUGCGCAAGUCCUCCACCAGCAGCGACACCUUCAAGGCCCUUCUCUUGAAGAAGGGGAGCCGAUCGGAGAGCAGCUUCCGCAUGUCUGCCGCCGAGGUGCUGCGCUCCACGGACCCCCGCUCGCAGCGCACGCGCUCCGAGUCCGCCAUCCCGGACUCCCCGCUGCAGUCGUCGUCCUCGCCGCCCCACAGCCCCCGCGCCUCGCCGGGCCGAGGGAAACGGGCGGCGGAGGAGUGGAGCCGCUACGAGGCGCUCGCCCUGUCGCCGCCCGCAUCCUCCGCCUUCAAGUACGGGCGCUCGCGUACGCCCCCUUCGGCCGCCAGCAGUAAGUACAACGCCCGAUGUCGGAUCCUCAGCAGCCCCAUGACCGUCAUCUGCGAGCGAGACGGCGAGUACGCCGAUGCCAACGGCACUUUAUCAGACGACAGCGGGAGUUAGGGACUCUCGCCGCACUAGAACCAAACGUGGCCUGAGGUUUUUGGGGGCUUCAUUUUGGUUAUUCUGUUCAUGUUUUGGGGUUUUUUUUCUGUUGUUUACUUUAUUCUGUUAAAAUUAGGGUGUGUUUGGAAAGUCACUGCAUACUUAGCAAUAGACAUCCUUCAGUCAAGUACAGGGAACAAUUCAUAGUCAUACAUGUCUAAGUUUUUCUUGGUAUAGCAACUGUUCAUGAACCGUUGCAUGAUCGUUUUGUUUUGAAUAUUGAAUUUCAUAUUCGGAUACGCUGCCACUCAAGUGAAGAGAAAAAAAAAACUGAACAAACAACUCACAGAAAACACAAGGAGCCCCAGUCAGCCGCAACUCACCCAACCAGACUCCAGCUCCAGAUGUCACGCAUUAGGCCACGCCCACAUCUAGCACAAAUACUAAAGUAUGUACAGAAAUGACACUUUUGUGGGGGGUGUUUGAUAGAUAUACGGUGCUAUUUUCUUUGUUGAAAACAUUACAGAUAAAAACUCCCAAGGUUCCACUGCGAUUACUCCCUGUAAUGCUCUCGCUUGCGACAAAGGAAAGCCAGUCGGCGAUGCACUUUUCCGCUCUUCAUAAAAGGCCAGCAAAUCACACGCCACCCCACCAAGCCCCGCUUCCUAAAGGCACAUGCACGUACACAGACACCACACGUUUGUUUUAAAAAUACAUUGUAUGCUUGUACUUGUUUUUCUAUUUUUGUUCAAACUUGUUUACAAAGAUGAUAGAAAAGGGGUCAAACGUUAUUUUUGAAAAAAUAUGGUUGCGCUAUCUUGCAGAGGGUCUGGAACUGACAGUGUCCCUGCCCUGUAUUCUAUUUUGAAAUUUGUCUGUCGGGUAAGAAAGUUGACAGUGACUUUCCAAACGCGCUGUCCACUCAGUCGUCUCCGUUCCAGUAGGCUCAUAAAUCUGUUCGAUUGUAGAUUUUGCACUGCGCAUAGUUUUCCUGUUGUCUUCGUUUGCCGUGCGUUUGUUGAAAAUAAUGUUGUAUUCAAAACAAGCUCAUUGAUGUUUUCCAACCUGAACUUCUCGUGGUCGACGUGGUUACCAAAGAGCCAAACAACAAACUUCUCUCAGACGGAAGCCACAUGAAUUGUCGUUGACCCUUUCGGAGCUUGUCCUGAUACUUUUAUAUUGUUGAGUAUGUAAAUAAAUAGAAAACGAAUGUUCUAAGUCA